ACGAAAUGUAUCCAUCUAUUGACGACACAAUAAAUUCAAUAGGUACCCAAAUUUAACCCUCUAAAUCACCUAUGUUAGGCAGUUUGGACAGAAUUGCUUUAGUUCAAUAGGGACUACAGGCAUCGUCAUGAAGCAGAGGCUGUUGCAAGUUGUGCUGUUGGCUGUGUUGUUUUCACUCGUGCUUGGAAAGGAAGCGUCUCUUCAUGUACCUCCAGAGAUCAUGAUGUCUGAACCAACCCAUCUCUAUAAGAUGGAAGGAGAUACAUUUUCUCUCUCAUGUUCUGCCACCGGCAUACCUACACCUUCAGUCAAAUGGGAGAAAAUCAACAGCCAAAUAUAUCCGGAGGCGAAUGUCACGAACGAUCUCACCUUUGUGAACUUCACCAAGGAAGAUGGCGGCGUGUACCAGUGUAUCGCCACCAAUGAGUAUGGGACAGCGGUGUCAGGAUACAUCAACAUUGAGAUGAUAUUUCUCGAUGAACUCAAGCAAGACAACGCAACGUUGACAGUGACAGAGGGUGAUCCGAUGACCAUAGAUUGUAACACAGAGUCAGGUGGUGUUAUCAGCAACCCUGGCCCGAUAUGGUCGUGGAAGAUUGUGAGGAACGGCUCAGUUCUACCGCUGGAGUAUCCGAGGAUGGCUGUGGACAAAGAAGGAAAGCUUCACUUGGCGUAUGUGAAGUUGUCCGAUGGUGAUGAUGAUGUGUCAUUUGUGUGUUGGGCCGAGAAUGUCCGCCUUGGGAGGACGGUAUCGGGAAGUGAGACGAGUUUGAUCAUCACAAAGUUGCCUGGAGAUAUUCCAUCAAAGAAGCCAGAGUUGACUUAUUCAAACACAAACAGAGCUGCGUUCUAUCGAGUUGAGGUCAUCAAAGGUCAAAAGGUCGACCUCUACUGUAUCUUCAAGGGAUAUCCUGACGUCAACAUCACGUGGACCAAGAACCGUAAAGGUGACCCCCUUCCUGCUGAAGGCAUCACCCUGUCUGACGGAGACACCAAGCUGACAGUGGAUUCGUCCAAACUUCCUGACGGCAUCGUCCUGACAUGUACUGGGGAGAAUACUGAAGGGGCAGCGGAGUCCCUGUAUGACAUCAUUGUCCAAGAGCCCCCAGUCUUCAUCCCCGGACCCCUGCAGUUGAAGAGUGUCAACAAAACUGUCGGAGAAGAGGUGCACUUUCAGUGUGAGGUCAAGGCCAAACCGAGUGCCAAGCUGGAAUGGCUUGUGGACAAUGUGGUGAUUUCUGGAAGUCCAUCAGAUCCUCGCAUGAUCAUCGACUCGAAAGGAAACUUCCGCCUGAAAGAUCUCAAGAAGACUGACAACCAGGUGGUGACUUGCCGGGCUACUCAGACUUUUGGAAAGAAACAGCCUUUUACUUUUACUAUCUUCAAGUCUGGAUAUAUCAAUGUCUUAACACCUCUAAGCAUCGCCAAGCAGCCAAAGGACACUGCCAUGGUCUCCUCCUUCUGUGAUGUCAUACGCCUCGAAUGUCACGUCCAGUACGACCCGCUCGAAAAACCCGUCGUCACCUGGUACAGGAAUGGUGACAUCAUCGAGGAAUAUCCACAACAGAUCUACAAGGCGUCAAACGAAUCGCUGAUUAUCAACGCAACGAAAUAUUGCCUUGCGGAGCAGAUUGCUGGGAUGUAUCACUACGUUGCCACGACGACCCUCCCAAGCCAACGGAUCGAGUCGACCAAGUGUAACAUUACGUUGGAUCCCAAUGGGAAUUUCACUCGAGCUGGCGGCGACGGAUGGGAGUUCCUCGGCCUCUACCUGGAGCCCUGGUGGCUCUGGCUCCUCAUCCUGGCGGCCAUCAUCAUCCUCAUCCUGAUACUCUGCCUCUGCUGCCUCUGCUGCUGUUGCUGUCGGCAACGCAAGAAGAAAAUCAAGCAACGGAAGGAGGAGGACAGUUCUGAUUUAGAGGCGAUGUUGGCAACAAGACCAGAAGAACUGCCCACCAAAUUGGACGACCCAGUCAUAGAACAGUUGUUCAAGAAGUACAUCAUCAUCAUGGGAGAUGGGAGUCAAACUGAGGAGGAAGAGGUAACCAUCAUGCCUCAGGCUGCCUUCCAUCAUCUCAUCACGAGGAUCUGGCCGGUCGUACCCUACUUGAAACAGGAAGACUUUGAGACAUGCUACCAGAGUCAUUGUACGGAGGGAGAGAAAGGGCUGUCAUUCCAAAGUUUCCACAGCUCCCUGAACGAGCUGAUCAACACCAACGAUUCUCGCCUCCGCGACUCUCUGCCCGCCCGUCGCAGAAAGAACAAGAUAUCGAACUUCCAUACAAAGGAAAAGGUCAUAUUGAUGUUGAAGAUCGUCGUUGACCCGGAGAGGGAUCCUGCUGUCUUCGUCAACGAUCUGAAGUUUGCCGUGUGGGGCCUUGAGAGACUCAACUUCACAAACGGUACCCCGGUGGUCAGGGUGACGACGGAGAAGGUUCUAAACGGCAUCGGCUACGGAAACUUCUGGCUUCUCAACAUCGCACAUCUGACGUGGGACUUGGUGAAAGUCACCAUGAAUGAUGAAACAAGUCAGAAGGAGCGCUGGAAGUGUGAUUGCGACUCUCUCCAAGGUUCCUUCGACCAGCAGAGAUGGUUCUACAUUCACAUUUUAUACGAAGUCAUGGAAUUCUUGAAUUUCGCCAAACGUACCGAGUUGUACCGCUCGCCGAAGGUCGAGAAGUAUAUCAACGAUUUGAAGAAUAUUUUGGAGGAAGAUAACAGGCAUUUGACACACAGUGGGUUUGGCGAACCGAAGAGAGUGCGCAAGCAGGUCUACGAGCGAAUGGCAAAUCGGAUUAACCAGAAGUUCUUCAGGAGAUACAUGUGGAAAGCCAAAGUCGCUGCCUAGCUUGGAUGAUGUAUCCCUGAAAUGUGUUGCCUGUUGGAGGUGGUGGAGAGGGGUCUAUUAAGGCAAGAAAUGUCACACGAUUCUGGUUUCCUUUUACCAUUGGUGAACAAUACAUGGAGGCAGUACAACAUAGAUAACAUUACUAUUUUACAAUUGGCACAUUUGCCGGUGUCAGUGACUCAAAAUGAUUGACAAGAAUGUUGGGAAAUAGGCUGAUUUGAGUUUAUUGAUUCUCACUGGAAGAGCAUUUCAGAAUCAAAGUGAGAAGUUAAACUUUAGCAAAACGUGUAAAACUUUCUGCCUUUAUCGAUCGCGUGAAUUAUUCUUUAGCAUGAGCUAAGUGGCAUUUAUAUACACCAGCAUAAUACCCGUGGCGCGGGUUGUUUUAGGGUGUUAGCUUACUGUGGGGUUUCUAUAUUGACAUCGUAUGUGUUUUUUCAUUUUUACUUGUUUACAUUUUAUAGGCCUAGACCAUGUGACUGUUAGCUGUACGCUUGUUGUUAUGUCAUAGGGCCAUUUUAUCUACUCUUGCACAUGAUAUUCAUAAUAUUCAUAAUCAAAUCUUCAUAUCUAAGCUCAUAUUGUCAUUGUUUUAUUUCAAAUUUACCGUUGUUUAUAACAAGAAUUCAUAAAGAAUUGGUCUUUAUUUAUUCUGUUUAUAGUAAGCUAAGUUGUUAUGAGUAAAUUUUAUUUCAAUAAAUGAAGAGUUUAUCAGUGUUUUUGUUGAGUAAAUGGACAUGUUGUAAUAUUUCACUCUUAGUUGAUGUAUCAAAUACACAUUUAUUGUCUCGUAUUCUUAUCCGUAUAUUCAGUAAAAAAGCAUAAAUCAGUAGAUUAGGUAAAACAAGCAUUCUUUUAAUCGAUGCUUGACUAAAAUGUAUAUGUGUUUGGUAUUGUGAAGCUGUUGUAAAAUGUUAUUUAGAAUUUUGUAAUCUGUAAACAACGACAGUUUUGUGAAUCGAGGUUAUUCUAAAAUCUGUGAAAAGAAAGUUGUGUAUUUACAGCAAUUCUUACUGCAAGCUUGUCAUUUUAUGCAUUUGAGGGAAAUUACCGCAUUUAGUAUAGCGCUCGCUGAAUACAUGUACCGAGAAGUUUGGGCUGUGCAUUCUGCCCCUAUUUGCUUUUUAGACAAAGACACUUUUUGCCCUGUCUCAUAUCAAGUCACUUGUUGCCUGUUUGUUAUCUCUCUGAUAAGGAGCUCCCUCGUCAAAAAUAGCUCGACUCGUAUUGGUAUUGUGGUGUUGUCAUGGUAACUUUGUAGCAUCAUUGUAAAUCUUGAUGUUUUUAUGGAACACUGCUAUCAAAGGGUUGUCUGUGUAGCUAACUGCGUUGUACAUAGGCAAAGUUUUCCGUCACAGAAUCUAUGAUGGCCAAAAGUAGAAUGUACUGUUCGCCUGAAGAGUCACACGGCUGCAGGACAUGAUGAUGAUGACAAAUAUAGAUUCUGUGAUUGCUCAUCAUAACUUAUUCCAUCAUUUAGAAUCUACUGUGAGUCCUUGGUAGUUGUUCCAUUGUUCCAUCAUCAAUUCUUUGCCUCCCCAUUUGGAAACUUUUGUCCUUGGCAGAUGAGCAAACGUUACCUUUGUACUGCGCAGUAAUCUUGUCUGUAAAUCUAUCAUGGGUGUUUCUGUUAUGUUGUCAUGUUCGUAUCAAUCCCUGUUGUACCUUUUACAAAACAUUUCAGAGCCAUAGUAGAAAUAGACUCAUAUUUGGGUGUCCACAGUCACUAAACAAGGUUUGAAGUCCUUCAGCAUUUAAAAAGCGGAAAAUAUGCAAGGACUGAUUUUGUUUGGGCAACACAAGAGUAACCUGUCAGUUACCUCGAGAUUUAGUGCACAUGAUGUCAUAUUGUCUAGGUUACCAGAUGGACACAGCUUAUUUUAGUAAGAUUACCAAUAGGUGCACUGUUGGCUGUUUUUCUUGUGAUGCAGCACCCAGGGCUCCAACAGAACGAUCGUGCGGCAAGUUGAAAAGCCAUGAACUGGGGAACUCCUUCUCCAGGUGAAUAUUGAAUCUCAUAAUCAAUACUCUGUCUACAUCAAUUGAAAUCAUUUUUGAACAACUUUACCCAUGUUACUCCCAAUGUUUAAUAAAUCUCACUUUUCUGAA